AUGUCGAGCAAUUCUGAUUCGAAAGCCGCCGUUCUUUCUCUCAAAAUUCACGAUUCUUUUCGUGACGCAAAAUUCGAUAAGGACUUUAGAACAUUCGAGAAUGGUCCCCAGCCAUCGCCAACAGUUGAUAAAGCAAAGGAAGAGGCUUUAGAGAGAAUGAGACAAUUGGAAGGAGUCGUUGACACUUCAAUUGACACUCAUCCAAAUAAGCCAACUAUUCGUGGUCGUCGACAAUACGAUAAGCCGCAUGGCUGCUAUCGGCUGGCUAUUAAGGCGGCUGGAAAGUUCGAGAAUGAUACAUGGCUAACAAAAAAUGGGAAUCCGUUCGAAUGGGCGGUCGCUUAUAUUCCAACAGACUGCGAAGAGAUCACAAAAAUUUUGGAAAACGGAUUUGAGCCGGGAAUCGGCGGCAAUAUCGUCACUCCUGAUGCGAAAACGGCGGCCGAAUUUGCUUCCGACUAUAUGUUUAAUAACAUCAAUUACAAACUGUUUUUUCAAGUUCGCGUCCGGCCCGACAAAAUUCAACUAACGAAAUUGAGAUUCCAAAAUUUCGGCCAGUUUUGGAAGAAAUACGAAAAUCUUGAUCCAACGUCAAUUCCUCAAUCUUCCAAUCACGAACAAAUGUGCUCCGAAAUCACUUCGAAAAUUGAAAUUGAUUUGGGCAAGGAAAACAAUGAAAUCUAUCGUAACAUUGUCGAGAUUUGCACAAGUCUAAAAACAAAUUUUAUCGAUGAUUCAUUUCUGCAUAACAAAAGCUCAAUAGGAAUUGUGAAUGGAGUCGAAAUCAACCACGAUCCAGACUUUCUCUUAUGGCUUCGACCCACUGAAAUUAAUACCAACGAUGGAAGACAAUAUCAAUGGACGAUAUACAAUAACCCGGUGCCAUGGGAUAUUAAAAAAGGAAAUUUAAUGGGCAAUUGUUGGCUGAUGUCUGAGAUGGCUCUUAUUGCCGAAAACCAAAAUAUUAUUGCGGAGAUACUCCCGAGAAAUGAGUAUUCAGACAUCGGAGUUUAUCAAGUCAAGGUAUGCGUUGAGGGACAAUGGAAAGUGAUAAUCGUCGAUGAUUAUUUUCCUUGUUAUCCGCACACUCGAACAUUUGGAAUGGCAAUUGGAAGGAGAAAACAACUAUGGGUACCCUUGAUUGAAAAAGCACUAGCAAAAGCUGUUGGAAAUUAUUCGAAGCUUUAUGGAGCAUCUCUUACACAAGGUCUUUCAAUGUUAACUGGAGCUGCUUGUGUGAACUACAAUAGGCCUGAGCAACCGGCGGACUUCGACACAUUUUGGGCCCAACUUGUUAGCUCAAAAGAAUCGGGAUUUCUGAUGUGCUGCGUUUGUGGUGGACGAGAAACUACAGACGAGCUCGAUUAUGAAUUGCAAGUAGAAAUGGCAAAUCAUGCGUAUUCAAUUCUGGAUGUGGUAACAGUUCAUAAUCACCGUCUUUUGCGGAUUAGGAAUCCAUGGGGAUCAUUUGUAUGGAACGGAAAAUGGUCAGAUUCUUGGCCUCAUUGGCCUCCAGAUUUGAAACGAAUACUCUUGAUAGACCGAAAACAGGAAAUAGGAGCAUUUUGGAUAGAACUUGACGAUUUCAUUAGUUUGUUUUCAUUAGUUACCGUGUGUAAGGUUAAUUCGAAUUGGUCAGCACUUCGAUUUUCGCAAGAACUCAACGAUAAUGAAUCGAAAAUUCUUCAAUUUAAUGUUAUUCAAACAUGUGAAGUGUCUUUCAUGAUUUUCCAGAAAGGCUCGGUUGGAAUGGAUCAUGAAAAGGCGGUAAGAAAUUUAGGAACGUAG